UUCACAAGAGGGAAGCCCAGCUUUCACCUUUUCUGCUCUUCUGGGAAGCUCUAGAAGAUGCAAGCUUUCUAUUAUCAGAGUACGUUGGAGGCUGGGGCAUCCUAAUGGUGGUUGGAGGAUCUGGGGCUUUGGGGUCCUUUUUCCUUCGCUUCUUACCCAUUCCUGAGGCAGUCAGCAAGCUCCUGACCCAGAAGGAGUCCACAUUCCAGAGUCACCCUGCUUCCUCCUCCCCUGCUCCUCCCUGCCCAGUAGGAGGGAAACUUCCCCGAGACUCUAGCUCUUGUGGUCACCCUCUCAUACCACUUGGCAUGUGGCUCUCAGAGCUGUCCCUAGCACCGCUCCCUGACAGGCUCUGCCAUCUGUCUGUCCAUCUCGUACCAGUCUUGGAAGGUGUGGUCAUUUCCUGGCUGCAAGAAGACACUAAAACUGCUCCCAGAAAAGAAGCUGGCUCAGGAACAGCUAUGCAAAAUAUAGUGGGAGGCUGACAGUUGGAGGAGAGGAGAUCCUGAGGCAACAGAAGGAAGCUGCCAGGAUUGCCAAGCAGGGGAAGGAGCCAGACAGGGCAAGAGGGUUGCCUUUUUGUUUCCUGCACAAUGUUCUGGAUUAAAAAAAUAAGGCUGUUAUUACUUCUGGUGUUCCAAUCUUUAGUUUUCCUCUUCCUCUUCCAGCAGUUUUAUAGUCCCCGGCCUUGUCCUAUUCCAACAGAAAAGUCAAGCCAUAAGCAUGUAUUGAUCUUGUCUUCCUGGCGCUCGGGCUCCUCCUUUGUGGGCCAGCUCUUCAGCCAGCACCCGGAUGUCUUUUAUCUGAUGGAGCCGGCCUGGCACGUGUGGUUAACCCUCUCCUCUGGGAGUGCUGGGCAGCUGCAGAUGGCCGUGAGAGACCUGGUUCGCUCAGUCUUCCUCUGUGACAUGAGUGUCUUUGAUGCUUACAUGGCCUGGGGUCCAAGGAAACAGUCCAGCCUCUUCCAAUGGGAGACUAGCAGGGCUCUGUGUUCCCCACCUGCGUGCCAUCUCUUUAAUAGGGAAGCCAUCAUCCCCCAGGCUGACUGCAAGACCCUAUGUGGCAAGCAGCCCUUCAGCACCAUAGAAGAAGUCUGUAAAUCCUACAGUCAUGUGGUAGUCAAGGAGGUACGCUUCUUCAGCCUGAAGACCCUCCACCCACUGCUGACUGACCCCUCCCUCAACCUGAAGAUCAUUCACCUUAUACGAGACCCCAGGGCUGUGUUUCGCUCUCGACAAAACACUGAACAGGAGCUGCUGCAUGACAGCCAUAUUGUCAUGGGAAAGCAAUGGGAUAGAAUAAAGGGUGAGGACCAUCCCUAUUACAUGAUGAAAACCAUCUGCCAAAGCCACAAGGAGAUCCACGAGGCAGCUCAGUUGUUACCAGACUCCCUCAGGGAACGCUACCUGCUGAUACGCUAUGAAGACUUGGUUCAGGACCCACUGACCCAAACCUCCAAAUUGUAUGAAUUUGCAGGGUUACCCUUCCUGCCUCAUCUCCAAAUCUGGGUGCAUAACAUCACACAGGGCAAGGGCAUGGGAAAGCAUCCCUUCUAUACAGACGCCAGGAAUGCCCGAAACAUUUCUCAGGCCUGGCGUUGGUCUUUGCCACAUGACAAGGUAGUCAAAUUACAGAAAAUUUGUAAAGAUACCAUGGACCUCAUGGGCUACCUUCCUGCAUUGUCUGAAGAAGACCAGAGAAAUUUAUCAAUGGAUCUUUUAUCUACUGCUAAGAUCCCCUAAAGCUAGGUAAUCAAAUGAGUUGAAUGAAGAUUUGGUUUUGUACAAUGACUUUGGCCAGCUGAAUGCUUUUGGAUCUAAUUAUGUUUCUGAAUGGACAUCCAUGUGAGUUUACUGUUGUAUGUGACUACAUAUGCUUAAAUGUAGUUACACACACACACACACACACACACACUUAUAUAUUUAUGUUCAAACAUCAGCAAAAUUAGAUUCAGGCGCUCGGUGAAAGCCAGAUAGAACCAAAAAAAUGGAGGUACCUCUCUUUUGUGGUUAACCCUUCCACCUCUCCCAUCCUUUCUCAGCUCUCAUUUUAUGGACAGUGGAUUAAUCCCACAUACCUUGUCUAAUGAGAAAGAGCAGAGAUGAGUCUUAACAAGCACAAAUCAACAUCAAGACAUGCUAUGGAAGUGAAUUCUAACAUUAUACCCCUAAUGCUCAGUCUUCCAGGACACCUAGUCUUUUUUCUAGGAUGAAAGUACAAAAGUGCUAUUUUAGUAGGGAGCUAAAUAGCCAUGAGUUAGAGCAAGAAAUGUCUUUAAAAUAAGAGUAGGUUCUGAUUUCCAUGGGACCUAGUUCUUUUUUUUUCUGCCAGAUCAGAAGUAUAUAGGUGAACAGAUGCAUCUGGAAUGACUGAUAUUUUUAAAGGUGGGAUUUUUAUUUUAUUGUGUUCCCUGGUCUGAAUAUUCCUUGUUACCUGAUUAUGACUAGAGAUAUAAUUUUAGGGUUUCCUACCCUUCCUCUCUCAAUGAUUUGCCCUUUAUGCAGAUUGAUAUUGCUCAUGCCGUUUUCAUAUUGUUAUUUUACCUAAAUACAUCUAUGUAGACAGGCCAUUUUUAAGGAAGAAACUGGGCACUCUAGGGUUUAUUAAAUCUAAAACACUGGCCCCUUUCCCUAUCUAUUGGAGAGCCAGCCAAUGAUAUUGCACUUUAUGGAAAGGAGAAUCCAACUUUCCUUGAAAGGAUUCUGUUUUGAUCUGACUCCUAUGUCAGAGUGUUUCAAGGAUAAGAGUCUUAUUUGUCCCACCCUCAUCAUGAAGAGAAACUCUGUCACUGUCAGUGCAUCUUGAUGACAUCUUAGCAACAGCCACUUCUCUGCCCAGCAAUAGAAAGCCCUUUCACAAUAAUAUGAAAACUUUCAAAGAAAAUUAUAAUCAUGCUUUAUAUUAGAAACUUGCCCAAAAUCCCUUACUUAAAUUUGAGCCAAUGCCUUGUCCAGCAUUAGACUCAGUGGUUACUGGGACUGUGGUAAUAGGAAUAGUUGCGGUAUGCUGGCAACUUCUUCAGAAUAUGCUUUGGCUGGGCCUUCUGUGGAUCUAAAGGACCUUCUAGAGAAAGAAUUCCAAACAUCAUCCAAGAGUGAUGCUAUUUCUUCCUUCCUUGCCCUUCCACUUUGACAAGGGCUCAUCAUCGCUUCUAACUCUGUCUACAGAGGACAUAAACGAUUCUAAUCAUGAUGAUUGUGAGGUGAAAUAGAGAAAAAACAACAUAGCAUAGUCAUUAAGACUUGUUUUCACAUGUUUUUGCUAGCUUGAAUUCUUGGAGUUCACCUGUAUCCUGUGGUGUUAAAAGAGCAAAGUUACUUACAUGGCAAACCCUGAGCCUUCAUGGAAAUCCCUCAGAAAGCAUAAACUUUCUCCAGUCAAAUCUUCCUUUCUACAGGAAGAGUUACAGCCCUUCUCAAACAGAAGGGAAAGUGAGGAUUGACAGUCGCAUGAGUGUUGGAUGGUAAAGCCAGGACACUGAUGUCAGUAUCCAGAAAAAAGGCUGAGCUCCAGAUGGCAGUGCCAGCAAGAUGGAGAAUGGUGAUGAGUUGGAGCCCAAGGAAAAAACCAACCUCACUUCCCUUGGAAAUUCCUGCAACUGCAUAAAUUGUUCCAAAGCAGCAAUUUCUUUAGGAAAUGGCACAUUUCUAUGAUCCUGGAGAAAUACAAGGCUCGUUGUUGAUUCUCUCUCUUUUCCUCUCUGCCUAAUUUCAAAGUAAAUACUCUAUCCAAAACUGAGACAAGAGAUAUUAUACCUGGAGAAAAGCUUCAAAAUCUAAGCAGAGCCCUUUCUGAUAAGUAUCCCAAUUUGUGCAUGCAAAACUGGUUGCUUCUUAUUUGUCAAAGUCCUAUUGAGACAUCUAAACAUCCACCAGACAUCCUAUGGCUUAAAGAAUAAUCUUUCUUCAUUUUUUUCCCACGAGAUUUCAUGUCUUUUUGUUACAGAUAAAAUAAAAACUAAAAAAAAAAAAAAGAAAGAAAAG